CAGAGGUUUAUAGCAGCAUAUGAACGAGUGAUUGAACCAAUGACUGACAGAAGUAUGUGGCCAAAGGUUGACCUUGGCUAUGUCUUAGGGGCACCUCUUGGGAAAAGGGGAGUUGGCAGACAGAGAAAGAAUAGGAUCAAAAGCUUCCUAGAGGGAGGUAGCAGGAAAGGGAAAGUAGGAAAGGAUAAUGAGAAUGAGAAAGAAAAAGAGAAAGACAUAGAAAAGGGAAAGGAGAAGAUAAUGAUUAGAGGCCCAGUGACAUGCCGUAGAAGUGGAAAUAAGGGCCAUCGGCAGGCUAGCUACAAAUGCCCACUGAAUGGCACAAAAAAGAAGCCAAGGAAGCCAAGGAAAAAUAAAACAAAGCAGCUGAGAACUGAUUCUACACCUAUGAAGUCUAACAUCACAAAGGGUCCACUACUGGAAGACAGCCCUGGGAUGCUCACAAGAAGGCGUCUAGCGAUGCUUAGGGGAGAAGGCACUUCCAAUCAGAGCACUGCAGCAGCUCCUGCUACUCCAAGCACGCCAACAGCUUCAGUUAAGACUGCUAGCAAGACUGCAGUGAAAAAGAUUACUCCAAAGAAGAGGAAAAGGAAUCUGGAAGACUGCUACUAAAACCCUCUCUUUUGUACCAUGAAAGUGCUCUAUUUUGUUGAGCCAUCUAAACUGUGUGAUGACUCCUCUAUUUUGUUCAGCCAUCUAAACUUUGUGAUGACUGCUAUCUUGAAUUAUGAUUUGUAUGCUAAAUAGUUGCCGUCUGAACCUUGCAACUCAUUAUGAAUGAAUGAAUCAAUGGACCAUGAUGCUGUUGGGUGUAAAA